CGCCGACCUGCCAACAGAAAAAAGCCGUGCUUUUUGACCAAUCACGAACAGUUGCGAGUCGGCCACGCACGAUGAAGCGCAAGCGCGACGACCUCGAGGCGACGACGACGGCCGGCGAGGGCCACGACGAGAAGCGGGCCUGCGAGGGCAUCGCCGACGACGCGAGUGCCCAUGGCUACGCGGUCGGCGCCCGGGUCAUGGUCUUCGGCAAGUACGCAGCGAGCAUUCGGUACCUCGCACCGUCCGACGGCCUCGCUGGCGUCGAGCUGGACCGAGCGGUGGGCAACUGCGACGGCACGUUCCAGUCCCAGCGGCUCUUUUCCUGCAAGCCGCACCGUGGCAUGGUCGUUCGCCUCGAGCAGCUGCAGGUGUUUUCGCCGCAAGAAGCAGCCGCGUGCACGAUCCAGGCCGUCUGGCGUCGGCGUCGAUGCCUCCGCGCGUUUCAAACGCUCGUGCUCACGUCGUCUUGGAACGUUCUCGACAACCACAACGAGCAGCUCAACCUCAAGCGGGCCGAGCUCACAAAAGGCGCGUCCGACACGCUCCUCGCAUUGGCCCAGCAGCGGCGCGAGGCCCACCCGCCGCUCGUCCGAGCCGUCUCGCGCCUGCCUGCGAGCUACUCUGGCCCCACGGUAUCCUUGCCAUUGACGCUCGCGUCGGUGCUGUCGAUGCUCGACGCGUUCAAGCGCAGCGAGCCACUCCACGCUUCGUUUGUCUUGCCCAUUCUGGACGCCGCGAUCCCUCUCUUUGCGUCCGAGUCGACGGUCCAGCACAUUCGACUGCCGUCGACGGCGCACAAGCUCACGAUCGUCGGGGAUCUCCACGGCCAGCUCCAGGACCUCUUUUGCAUCUUCAGUGCCAACGGACUUCCGUCGCCCGCCAACAUGUACCUCUUCAACGGCGACUUUGUCGACCGCGGCGUGUACGGCGCCGAAGUGGUGUUGACGCUCGUGAGCUUCAAGCUGCUGUACCCCAACGCGGUGUUUCUCAACCGCGGCAACCACGAGUGUCGCAACCAAAACGGCUGGAUGGGCUUUGAAGAAGAGAUUCUGCUCAAGUACAAGUCGGACGACGUGAAAGCGCAAGCAACGACGGUCCUCGAGCGCUUUCAGACGUGCUUUGAUGCGCUGCCACUCGCAUCGGUCGUGCUCGACAAGAUCUUUGUGGUGCACGGCGGCCUCUUUGGCCAGCCCCGCGUGACGCUCGCCGACCUCGCAGCGAUCCCGCGCCGACGCGAGCCGCCGUUGCACUCGCAGCACCCCCAGGACAAGCUGUUUGAAGAGCUCUUGUGGAGCGAUCCGCGUCAGAUUCGAGGCCGCCAGCCGUCGUUGCGGGGCGCGGGCGUCGAGUUUGGCGACGAUGUCACGGUCGAGUUUUGCGCCACCAACAAGGUGGCGCUGGUGAUUCGGUCGCACGAGUGUGUGCCCGAAGGCUACGCGAUCCAGCACGGCGGCCGACUCAUCACGCUCUUCUCCGCGUCGCGCUACUGCGGCACGCAGCUCAACCAAGGCGCGUACUUGACACUCGGCGCCGACUGCAAGCCCGAGAUCCAGCAGUUUAUGGCACCGACAUUGGGGCAGUACGCCAAAAAGGACGUGCUCUUCGCCGUCGCGUCGUCGCCCGAGCUGGACGACGACGGGUCGUCGCACCUCGAGAUGAAGAAGGCGUCGCUCGAGGGCGACUUGCUGCGCAUGAUUGCCGAGCGCAUUUGCGACCAAAAGACGGAGCUCUUUUUGUAUUUUACGCAGCACGAAGCGCCGGAUGCCCCGGGGCACGUCUCGCGGCUCGCGUGGGCCGAUGCGCUCAGGACGGUCCUGGCACUGGACGUGCCGUUCUUGUUGUAUCAGCCCAAACUCACCGAGACCGAAGGCGACGGACGCAUCAACUACUCGAGCACGAUGGUGGCGCUCGUGCAGAUCGGCAAGGCGUUCUUCCAGCUCGACGGGUCGCUUCUCUCGAGCUUUGAGCGCUUUGACACCAACCACGACGGCGUCCUGCAAGCACACGAGCUCCACCAAGCGCUGCAGCAGCUCGGCCUCGACUUUGCCGACGAGCUCUUCCACAAGGUGUGGCGCGCGAUCGAUCUCGAUGGUGGCAACACGGUCGACUACAAGGAGUUCCUCGCAGCCUUUAGCGUGCAGGACAAGCGCAUGUCCGCGUCGGCGCUCACGUGGCAGCAGACGAUUCUGCAGCAAGUGUCGAACGUCCUGUACCAGCACCGGAUCCACAUGCGGUCGGCGUUCCGUCUCUUUGACCAAGACAAGAGCGGAAGCAUCUCGCGCGACGAGUUCCGCGCUGGCAUCUCGACGUUCAAUGCCAUUUUGGACAAACCGCUGAGCGACGACCAAGUCGACGCGCUCCUCACGCACCUUGACGCGGACGGCGACGGCAACAUUAGCUACAACGAGUUCCUCGAAGGCUUCCAAGUCGUAAGCAUGGAAUAGGAGAGUGGAUUAGGUAUCUUGGCGACCUACUUGUCUUCGGGCGUCCACGCGUCCUGACUGCGUUUGGCGUCG